AUGAAGCUGUUGGUAUUGUUUGCGUUCUGUGUGGUGGCAGUGGUGGCCAACUCCGAGCUGGAUGUUUGGCUCCAAUACAACCGUCGUAUGCCGGGAGAGUUCUACACCAAGGGACUUACGGCUCGUCCACCUUUCCAGGGUCGAAUUCUUGGUGGAGUAGACGCAGAUAUUGCAAACUACCCCUACCAGCUAUCCCUUCGCCGAGUCUCGCAUAGCUGUGGUGCCUCCGUGAUCGCCGCACGGUGGGCGCUGUCUGCUGCCCAUUGUACUUUCCCGGUGCCUCCAGUCACUCAAAUCACUCUGCAAGGUGGCAGCUCCGAUCGUACUCAGGGUGGUGUUGUGUUCCAAGUUGAGGAAAUCAUUAACCAUCCGAACUACGAUGACUGGAACCUGAUGAACGAUGUGUGCGUGCUGCGGACUGCCACUGAUCUAACAGGAGUCAACAUCGCACCGAUCGCUCUGGAUCCAGCUAGUGCUGAACAUGCUCCAGGAUCUCGUGCUGUCCUCAGUGGAUGGGGUCUUUCUUCCAGACAACCUGACGUUCUUCCUGUCAUCCUUCAACGUGUGGAUAUUCCGAUUGUUUCCCAAGCCGAGUGUAUUAAUGGAUGGCCUACUGGAUGGGUUACUGACGACAUGAUUUGCGCUAGUGAACCAGGACGCGAUGCAUGCAAUGGUGACAGUGGCGGUCCGCUGGUUGUGGGAGGACAACAGAUUGGUAUUGUAUCUUGGGGAGACGCACUAUGCGUUGGAACAAAUCCUGGAGUGUACGCGCGUGUUGCAUACCCAUUGAUUCGUAACUUUAUCGCCCAGGAGACCGGUGUUUAA